UGUAACAGCAGCAGGCAGCAGAGAGGACCUGCAGGUGUGUUCUUCAGACUGCUGGAGGACAGGAACGCAUCCAACCGACCAAGACUUAACAGGUAAGCAGAACAAGCUGCUCAUCAUGGCACUGGAUGCAUGUGGCCUGGUGUGCAAGUAUACUCUCUUCAUCUUCAACCUCAUCUUUGCGUUGGUGGGGUUUGCCUUUUUGGGUAUCGGCCUGUGGCUGAGGUUCAGCGAAAGCACCAGAGGCAUCUUCCAAAUAGAGGCCCUCAACUCAAGUGUAUUUGUGAUAGCUGUGACUGUACUGAUCGCUCUGGGCUCAGUGAUGCUGAUCGUGGUGGCGUUCGGAGACUACGGUGCCUGCAAUGAGAAAAGAUGCGCUCUGCAAGUGUUCUCCGUCCUUCUGACCAUUCUGGCGGUUGCUGUGGUUGCUGUGGGAGUGGUUGGUUAUUCCAAUAAGACUGAGGUUGGACUGAAGAUUGCGGAGUUCUACACUAGCAUGUAUACUCUUUAUGUGACCAGUGGAGACCCGGUCAUUGGUGCCACACUCACAUUCAUCCACAAGAUUCUUCACUGCUGUGGAGUGACCGGGAUCCCGCUGGUAGAGGUCGUCCAACACACCUGUCCUGCAGCAAAAGGGUUGUUGGAGCGAUUCAAGAUGGACAGUUGUCCUGGGACCAUCAUAAGUGUCUUUGACAGUAGAGCAACACUGGUGAUGGGCAUCUUCGUUGGAACUGGAGCUCUUUUGCUCGUUGCUCUGAUUUGCAGCACCACCCUCAGUAAAAAGAUCCGGGCGUCUGUCUCAUCUCCUCAAUACAUCGUCCUGACUCAGUCCACUUCUGUCCUGGCUAACCCUCAACCACCUCAGCACGGAUUUGUCUCCACCUCCUACCCUUACCCCGACCAGGACCCCGUCGUCUUCACCCCUCUCCCUGUGGCCAACCUCCCUUUGGCUCAGUCCUAGUGCGCUCUUGUAUGGUUUUCCUCUCUCACGGUCAUGUUGUCUUGAUUAGAUUUCAGCACGCUCUAGCAUAGAGAAUACGCAUGUUUUUAUCCCUGGUCUUCACUGCUGAACAUGUUCAGCGCCUCUGUGCAUGGUCACUGCAGGGUGUCUCCAGCUCGCUUUAAAGGAAAAAUCCACCCUAAAAAGGACCUACGGUACAAUUAUGACAACUACAGGUUAUUGGCCAAAUGCUGAUAUUACAAGACUUUUAAAGUUCAGCUACAGUGGGGAAUGACAGCAGAGACAUUUCUUAAAUCGAAGAGCAAUGGCUCCUUAAGCUGAUACUUUGCACACAUUUGAAUUAUGCACUACUAAGCUACAUAAAAAAAAGAAGUUCCUCCCUCCUCCACUAACUUCUCCAUUAGUUGGACGUUUGUUUUUCGUUGUCCCACCAGUGAUGGUUUUUUAAUUACUAUUUUAGUAUUUAAUCUGUAUAUAUACACAGUUAGAGAACAUAUCAGGGUUGGAUUUUUCCUUUAAGUCUCUACUUAUUCAUCAUUUUGCCUUUUUCCUCACACAAGGGGCUGCAUGCAAAUUGAAAAGCACUUGCUGGUGUUGCUCUCUCACUAACUCAUUCGGUGGCUGGUUUAAUCCUGGGUAGGAAAAGGAGCAGGAAGCAGCUCCGCCACCCCACAGCUCUUUAUCCCAUUCCUGCUCUUUACUUCCCCUCCUCCUUCUGUGUCUGCAUGACAGAUUACUGCCCUGGUCUGCACCGCUAUCCUCCUGAAACAGACCAAGAAAGACCAGCAGGGGGUCACUGCGUACUAUUCCACUGUGUACUAGCAAGAGGAUUCAGUUUUCAACCUCCCCCCCACUCCUCUGCCUGAUCGACGACGUCCAUCGCUGGAAAUUCAGGCUCAACCAACAAAUACGUGUUUACAGAUUUGUCUCUGUAUGUGAACUACUGAUGACACUGGUUUUAGAACUGAAUUCAAUUUUAUAUCCUAAAACAUCACACUGUGCUGAUAAUUUGACACCUUUUAAACAAAAAAAACAAAAACCUCUGCUUUGUUCAGAGCUGUUGCCAACCAUCAAUAUUUGAUAGUGUUUUUUUUUUUUUAAAUAAUCAUGCAGCAACUCUCAGUGAAAUGGAUGUUGCUUGGUAUUAGCCAUUAUUCAUCAGGCUAGAAACUGUCACAGCUAGACAGCAAGUGCGUUCUAGCCUGACAGGCCUCUACAUCACUGUUGGCAUACGAUAAGUAAUCGGACACGUCCCUUUAAUUACAAGAAUAGGAAACUUCCAUGUCUGUUACACAUUUAAGCGAUUAUUAAUGAGCAGUGUUUUAUACCUUAAUGAGUUAAAUACUCACUGAGCCACUGGCAAGUAUCACUGUUUGAAUUAAUCAUGCGUGUUUAAAUGCAAAAGGGACCAUUUUCUUUAGAAUUAAUCAUGCGUGUUUAAAUGCAAAAGGGACCAUUUUCUUCAAGUGUUCAUAUAAGGUUAGAUCACAUGACAGUGUUGGAAUGGGAGUUUCACUUUAUCGCAACUUUCUUGUUACGGUCAAUUCAUUUUCAUGCUAUAGAAGUGUAAUGUCCCAUUUGUACACGCGUGAUUUAUACGUUGCUUUAGUUUUGCAAAAACUGCAUUCCGAUUCAUUUCUUCCAGUCAGGGUUUAUAGAAAAAUAAAGUAAGGGGAAUUCUUGUGUGUGACAGAAAUAUUCUGCAGGCUUUCCUCAGUCAUCCGGUACCGUUUGAGACUACUAAACUGACUGUAUGAACAUGUUGAGUGCUUUAGAGCUGUGAAGCAUCACGUUAUGCCUUCCUGUAAACGCUGGGAAACAUAUUGCCAUUAAGUGACAUUUUAGUUCAACUUUUUUAUUCCUUUAUGUUCCUGCCAAAAGCUUUCGGACCAAUUAGAAAUAUAUUAAGUGUCCUGUUUAGAAAGAAGACCGCUGAAUUGUUUGUGUAUUGCUUGUUUUCUUUCCCUUACUAUUGCAUUGCACUAUUUUGUUUUUACGUUCACGCAAGUUUUAAUAAAUAUUCCAUCAAGGGCUUUUGCUCUUCUCUUCA